CGGUCGCUAGGCUGAUGCGCUAUAAUCUGGCCUCGGAGCCAGGCCCACGAAGCCAGGCAUUCUCGCUGACCAACGGCGACUUUAUUAUGGACGCUGUGCAGCACGGAGGCGCGCUGGUCCCGCGUCCUGGUUUUUGUCCCACUCAAGACCUCGUGUGUUCUCCUCUUAUGACCAUGCCUCCGCAUGAUUCUAAAAUGGACGCAUUGGUGUCUGUGGAUUCGGACAGUAACCUGGAAGAUAGCGAUUUCGAUGGUGGAGGUGUUGCCGAAGCGGACACAACGGACACUUCCAUUGACCAUUCUUCUGACCGCCAGGACUCGAAUGCUGAAGAAGGGGGAUCAGGAAAGAGUAAAGGACAUUUAGUGAAGCCUCCGUACUCUUACAUCGCCCUUAUUACUAUGGCUAUUCUUCAGUCUCCAGAAAAGAAACUCACGCUUAGUGGUAUUUGUGAAUUUAUCAAGAAUCGCUUUCGUUUUUACAGAGAGAAGUACCCAUUAUGGCAAAAUUCUAUUCGACACAAUUUGAGCCUCAAUGACUGUUUUGUUAAGAUUCCAAGAGAACCAGGUAAUCCAGGUAAAGGGAAUUACUGGAGUUUGGACCCAGCUUCUGAAGAUAUGUUUGAUAACGGCAGUUUUUUAAGACGACGUAAACGUUACAAAAGGCAACAGGCUUAUGCCCACAAAGAUCCUUCUGCAUUUAUGGCUGCCACGCUUGAUCCUUACCGCCACGGACUAUUCGCAGGGCAUCCGCACUUAGUUUACCCUUACAUGCCACACCUACCUCCUCCUAUCCCCCUGCUUUCCCCCCAGGACCUGGCGAGGGUAUCUUUACACCCUAUCAAUUUAACUUCUAUGCAAAAUCCAAUGGCGACUCCAAUCUGUACCGGCCCGCCAGGAAUUUUCGAUACUCCGAGUGAUGUUUCCUCCUCCUCUUCCCAGUGCACGAAGGCGAUGGCAUCGAAACCAAGCUUCUCAAUCGAAAGGAUUAUUGGAGACUCCAAAUCGCCCGAUGUGAAGCCAGAAAUGUUAGCCUUGCGGCCGAAUAUACCCCUUCUGUCACGAGCGCCUGUAGAUACAGCCUUCACUUGUCCCGGGACAGCAUUGAACGCUCUUGAAAAGUACCGACAGUAUUUGCAGACGCUUACCUCUAAUCCACUGGAUGGCAACGGGACGUGGUCUCGAUGACCUCGUCCUCUUUCUCCACUGUAGUGAUACCACAUGUAGCGAAAGCACGUAAAUGUAUUAUAGGGAUAUCUUUCUUUCAUGAGCAAUGGAUGUCGCUUCGUUCUGUCUUUUAACGAAUUUACGAUUGAUUUUAUUACUCUUUUUACUUCUGCUGUAUAUAUGAUAACUUCUUUUCCUGAUAAGUUUUCUUUAUUAUGCUUACCUACAAGGAACUGCCAUUUAGCAGUUCUGAGGUUUGAAGCAAAAUUUCUAGAUAAUUUAUCAUUCGUAUAAUUAAAAUGCAUUAGCUGUAAAGCUACAAUAAAAUUGUUUAUGGCAUUGUUAAUAACUAGAAGUAUUUAUAAACCUGUAAUGUUAAUAGUUCACUGCAGUUCAUUUUACUUCUUCUUAUGAUGUUAUCUGAAUUUUAAACUCCUACCUGAAUUCUAAUUUGCAAGUGAUAGUGUAUCUUUCCCUUGAAGCGACGUCCAAAUGCAAAUACAUUUAUAGAUCUCAAUGACAAUUUAAGAAUACAUUUAAGUUGAUAUAAAUUCCAUUGCUAAUUAUGGAGACAUUAUAAGUAAUCUCACAUAUCUUGUAUUCUUCGCAUCCAUAACUUUCCUGUAUCCAGUUUAUGUGAAUCGGUAAGCUGAAAACUGAAUUUAAUAACGAAUUUUAUAAAAACAAACACGAUUCUAGCAUGUGAUUGGAGGAAGAAUUUUCAAGAAAAAUGAAGCAUUUGUUGAGCAUCCAAUAAUAGUUCUGUUGUUAUAUUAUCAGUAGUCAAACUGCAAAUUUCAGGUGAAUUUAUUUUUUAUUUUUCCAUAUUUAGAUGUUAUGCUGUAAUUCUAUUUAUACGCUUAUUUUAUAUAUCUUGCAAUACACUUGAUUAACUUUUUUACCUAUGUCAACGUGACUGAAUUUUAAGGUUAUAAUGUGGUGUCAACCGGCUUAAUUUUUAAGGUUAUUUAAGGUAAUAACCAAUUUCCUAUGAAAAAUAAUUGCAGUGAGCAAUAAUGAGGAAAAUAGUUUGUGACCAUAUUUAUUGACAAAUUCUCUAAAGGAUUUUUUCUCCUGCCUCAUAUUUAUAUGUAAAUUUUUAAAAUUUAUUUCUGCUUCACUGUUUUUGCAGUCUUUAAGAUUUUAUAAAUUAAUUUCUUUAAAAUUUUCUAGUGAGUAAUAAUACUUCAUUUGUUCUUAAACUGAAAACAAAAAUAUGUAUCUUACUUAUGUAAUAUAAUGCAU